AUGGUGUGUAGCCCGACACUUGCAAGAGAUACCGACCGAAGAACCCCUAUCCCUUACCACGCCAUUCUGUUUCAGAAGACGAAAGGCCUUUGUGGGUUCUUCGUAACCAGUCGUAACGUCAUUUCUCCAAACAUCCUCGCAUUUACCUCGCUCGCAACAACUGAAGCUGUCGUCCUUUCGAGAAUGACGCCUCCAGAUGACUAUGCUUACGAGGUUGUUGCCUGCGCGUAUCACAACCUUCUUAAAGUCCAGCAUGUCUGCAAAACAUUCUUCACUUUUCUUCCCUCAAUCCCUACCAUGUCUUCAAAAAACAUCGUCAUCGUCGGCGGCGGAACCGCAGGUCUUAACGUCUUCAAUGGCCUGACCGCCAAACUCGCCACGUCCACGACGACCUCAAUCAUCCUCGUAACGCCUCGUCCCCACUACACGUCGCUGCCUGCCACUAUUCGCAUGGUGGUGACUGCGGAAGGGGAGCUUGAGAAACACGCACUCAUGUCAUUCCCAGAGAGCUUCAACGAGGGGAACAAGAAGGUCGUGCUCGCCAAGGUUGUUUCCAUCGAAGACGACGAGACGAAAGGGCGAUUCGUCACGUUGGACAACGGCGAGAAGAUCGAGUUCUCCGUGCUUGUUCUCGCGCCCGGAAGCAAGUGGGAGGGCCCGCUUGAUUUCCCGGAGAGCGUGGAUGGGCAGCUGCAAUGGACGAAGGACUGGCGCGAAAAGUUCGCGAAAGCGAAGAGUGUCGCUCUCGUUGGCGGAGGGGCUAUCGGUAUCGAGCUGUCUGGCGAGCUCAAGGACCAGUGGCCGAAUAAACCUGUUACCAUCGUUCAAGGCGAUGCUCUCCUGCUGAACAAAACCUAUCCCGACCGCUUCCGCAAGGACAUUGAGAGGCGCGUUGUCAAGCGCGGUGUCAAAGUUAUUAAGGACGACUUCGUCGACGACGUUGAACCCAAGGAGGGCAAGAUCACUACACGAAAGGGUGUAGCGGUUGAGGCUGAUCUUGUGAUUCCUACUCGUGGUCCUCGGCCCAACACCAAGUUCAUCGAGAGCCUUGGCUCUGACACCCUCACCGAUUCCGGCUUCGUCAAGGUCAAGCCCACGCUACAGCUCGCCAACCACCCGCGUAUCUUCGCAGCUGGAGACGUCAUCGACUAUGCGGAACAGAAGCAGGCAGCGAAGGCUCCGAACCAUGCGGCCAUCAUCGUGAACAACGCGCUUUCUCUCAUCGGCGAGAACCCUAAGGGCUUGAUAAACUACAAGGGCUCCACUGAGUUGAUUGUCAUCACGAACGGAAAGAAUGGUGGCGCUGGAUACUUCGAUAUCCUUUGGGGAAUCUCUAUCGGAGACUGGCUUUCCAGCUUGCUCAAGUCGAAGACCUUGAUGAUCGAGAUGUCUAAGAACAGCCUGAAGCUGUGA